GGAGUGUAUGGUGAAUAAGCCCGAAACGAAACAAUUGAAACAACCAAAAACUUGUUAGGCUCGAUACAUCCCUAUAUUUUUUUGUUUUGACCAUUUCGAAUUCGUUGCAAACAUAUUUACAUAACACCGCACCUGUGUGUUAAGUGUCAUUUCUCGGACAACUGAAUGCGAAAAUUGUAAAUGUCUAAUAUAUUAGGACCAGCUAGCUGUUGGUGCUUAUAAAUAUAAAUUUGGGGAAGUGGUUAUCUCUAUAAAAAAGAACACAUUACCAACAAUAAAACGCGUGAAAUACUUGCUAUUCAAUGGGUUUUAAAAAAUAAAGAAAGACAAUAUCUAAGGACCAGACAACCAUGAGCGUCAACUGGGGCUGCCACUAGCAGCAGUGCAGCAGCUGAGCAAUGUUGGCUGCUGGCGGCAGUGAGAUCAGUGACUUUGGGCCGAACUCGCAGCGACUAUCAGUUGGCACCACGCCGAAGCGAGCGCACAAGGCCAGCAGCCACCGACCUGGUUCUGGCUCCAGCUCUGGUCCUGGCCCAAUGACAACUGGUGGCACGAGCGGACCGAGCGGACCGAGCGGCAACGGGAACAGCAGUGGAGCAGCUACGAAGGGCGGAGGAGGUGCCAUGAGUGCCACCACUGUGACAGCGACGACGGGCAAAGCCACGGUCAGCCACGGCCAUGGUCAUGGCCAUGGCCACUCGAGGGGGGGGCGCAGUGCCCCAGUUGGACGCUCCAAUGUGGAUGGAUUCGUUGGUGGCAUCGAGACGUACUUGGGUCUCAUCGGAUGGCGAAAAAAGUGCCUGUACACUCUGCUCCUGCUGCUGAUGCUGCUCAUCAUCACGAAUCUUGUGCUCACCCUGUGGAUACUCAAAGUGAUGGAGUUCUCAACGGAGGGCAUGGGUCAGCUGAAAAUCGUACCCGGUGGCAUACAGCUGUCGGGCCAAGCGAUAAUUAUGGACAUGUUGCGCGCCUCGACAAUCCGUUCGCGGCACGGCCAACCCAUCUCCAUAGAAUCAUCACGUAAUUUUUCAAUCAAUACACGUGACCCGAAUGGCAUGAUUGAGAAUCAUUUAUUUCUGGGACACGAUAAGUUCGAGUGCCUGUCCGCGGGAUUUCGCAUCAACGACACCAACGGGCGCAGCCUGUUCUCCGUGAACCGCAAUGAAGUCACCAUCGGAGCCCAUGCCCUGCGGAUCGACGGCGAGGGCGGCGCCGUCUUCCGGGAAUCCGUGCAGACGCCUCAUGUGCGCGCCGAGCCCGGCCGGGAACUGAGACUCGAAUCGCCUACCCGCCAAUUGGAGAUGACGGCGGCCAAGGACAUCAAUUUGCAAUCGCGAGCGGGCGGCAUAGAAGUCGUGGCCCUGGAAGACGUCAAGUUCAGAGCCCUCGAUGGGAGCCUGCGACUGGAGUCCUCGAAGAUACUGAUGCCCAACCUGAGGACGGCACAGCCGCCCAUCCUGGGCACUGCCCAAAGUAGGGAUCACAUGCACCGCGUCUUCCAGCUCUGCGCCUGCUCCAACGGCAAGCUCUUCCUGGCGGCACCGCACUCGAUAUGUGCGGGCGAUGACUCCACGGUUUGCAGAUGAUUGCACGACGGAGCGCGCUGGCAGUCCACAUCCACGUCCACAUCCGGAUUCGGAGCCGGAUCGAAAUCUGAUUAGGUAGAGCUGGCUGGGUCUCUCGAGGAGCCGGACAGUGUGCCUGGUAUGCAAAGGAUCCACCCAGGAGCAGAUCGCCACUAUGUAUAUCUGUAAGCACAGACAUUGCCCCUACGCACACGUACAUGUUGAACUAUUCAUAUGCUAACUGUAACAUAGGACGGCAUACCAUAUACCUAAUUAGUGGAAAUCACACAAAUAUGACUACUGAUUAUUGAUAACUGAUCACCCAUGCGUACGCAAGCAUCCUGCGUCCAAAAUAGUUCAUACCCACUCUCGAGUGACUUAGGGAAAUGUACCCAAACUCGAAGGACAAAAUCAAGAGCUUCUUAGACACUUGGAUGUUGUGUACUAGUAUAAAAAAAGGCAAUUCGGGGUCAUAGGCAUUUCCCCAAAUAGACAUAUAAUGUAUCACCAAAGUGAUUAAUAAUGAAGUAAAUACAUAUAUAGGCAAUAUGAAACUAUAGUCAAACUUAGGAGGCCGUCAGCGAAAACACCCAUAUCUGUAUUAACCUUGUUUGAGAACUAGGAUACUCUUAGCUUUUUUGGUUUUAGACACAAUGUUUUUUUAACAUAACCAUUUUGAACACACCUCGCCUAAAUGAAUUACGCGAUUUCUGUCUUUUAUCAAAGCUUUAGGCGCACCGAAAGUAUUUAUAUUUUCAAUUCUUUAUACUUUUUGCUGUUAUUAUUAAUGAGUGAUGUAAUACAGUUAUUGAAAUAAUAUUAAUACAAAUAUUGAUUUAUUAAUAACAUAUCCGACCCCUUUCCACAAAGCAGUCCAGAGAUAUUGUACAUAAGACUGUAUAAUUCGUAGAACUAAAAUGCUUCAUCAUAGCAGCUCACUGCAAUACAAAUACAAAUUGAAUAGGACGUACUCGUAAAUGUAUUCAUGUAGAUAAUCUCGAAAGGCCUAAUGGAAGUUAGAAAGUGUUUGUACGAUAACUAUGAUCAGAAUCAGAAUAUUCAAAAUCCAAAUCCGAAGCAGCAUGUUGGCAUUAAACACAAUACGAAGACAAUGAAAUAUCAUCCAAUGAAUCGCAAGAGCUAUUUAUACCUAUACCUAAAUGUGUAUUAUCACAGAUACAAAUAUUAAAACCAAUACGAAAAUGAGUAUGAAUAUGAAUAUGAAUACGAAUACGAAAAUAAAUAUGGGUUAUGGAGUUUGAACAUGGCUAUGGAUAUAAAUAUGAACAUAUAUAUGAAUAGAGUUGAAUAUGAAAUUGCCGUUGAAGUUAUCAAGUGUGAGAGCACUUGAUAUAUAGAUAUAUAUAAAUAAAUAAAUGUAUAUGUAUAUGUAUCUGUAUGUAUGUACACCUAAUGCAAAUGCUUUUAAAGGGACAUUAAGUUUAAUUUGUUGUUGAUUUUUUUUAGCACGACUAGGAAACAUAAUGUUUAUAUAGGAAAUACGGAGGAAUAAUACGAAAUCUUUAUAUCACAUACAUUGUAAUACAGCAGAAUACUUAAAAAGAGAAAUACAUGCGUAAACCAGAAGCAAA